GAAACUGAGGCACAAAGAAUCUAACUUGCACAAGUUCAUCUGCUUAGUGACGGAACAUAGAUGUGAAUUCAGGCAGUCCGGCUUCAAAGUCCACACGCCUAACAACCACACCAGAUUACUAGAUUGCUUUUUUCUUUUUUUUUUUUUUUUUGAGAUGGAGUCUCACUCUGUCACCCAGGCUGGAGUACAGUGGUGAGAUCUCGGCUCACUGCAACCUCUGCCUUCUGGGUUCAAGCAAUUCUCCUGCCUCAGCCUCCCCAGCAGCUGCGAUUACAGGCGCCCGCCACCACACCCAGCUAAUUUUUUGUAUUUUUAGUAGAGAUGGGGUUUCACCAUGUUGGCCAGGCUGGUCUCAAACUCCUGACCUCUGGUGAUCCUCCCACCUCGGCCUCCCAAAGUGCUGGGAUUACAGGCGUGAGCCACCACGCCCAGCCCAGACUGCUUUAUUUUUGUAUUUGUAUUUAUUCAUUUACUUAUUUUGAGACAGGGUUUUGCUCUGUAGCCCAGGCUGAAGUGCAGUGGUGCAAUCCAGCUCACCACAGCCUCUACUCACCGGGGUUCAAAGGAUCCUCCUGCUUCAGCCUCUGGAGUAGCUGGGGCCACAGGCAUGCACCACCAUGCCCAGCUAAUUUUUAAAUAUUUUUUGGUAGAAGUAGGGUCUCACUAUGUUGCCCAGACUGGUCUCAAACUCCUAGCCUCAAGGGACCCUUCUGCCUUGGCCUCCCAAAGUGCUGAGAUUACAGGCAUGAGCCACGCACCCAGGCCCUUUUUAAAAUUUUUUUGAGAGACAAGACUUUGAUCUGUUGCCUAGGCUGGAGUGCAGUGGUGAGAUCAUAGCUCACUGCAGCCUCAACUCCUGGGCUCAAGCACCAGACUCCUUUUAUCACAUUCUAUCUCACACGCGUGUGGUUCCAAUCCUGCCUCUGCCACUUCUCAGUUGUAUGCCCCAACCCAACCUGUCUGGCUCUGUCCUCCUUAACAGAAGGACGGCCCUGGCCACAGGCCACAGCCAGCAACGCUUAAGCACCAGGGCCGGCAAGUGCCCUGCCGUGGCACGGCUCCAGCGUCGCGCUCUCGAAUUCAUUUGCUUUCCUUAACGAGAGAAGUUUCCAGAUGAGGGCUGAACCCUCUUCGCCCCGCCCACGGCCCCUGAACGCUGGGGGAGGAGUGCAUGGCGAGGGGCGGCCCUCAAACGGGUCAUUGCCAUUAAUAGAGACCUCAAACACCGCCUGCUAAAAAUACCCGACUGGAGGAGCAUAAAAGCGCAGCCGAGCCCAGCGCCCCGCACUUUUCUGAGCAGACGUCCAGAGCAGAGUCAGCCAGCAUGACCGAGCGCCGCGUCCCCUUCUCGCUCCUGCGGGGCCCCAGCUGGGACCCCUUCCGCGACUGGUACCCGCACAGCCGCCUCUUCGACCAGGCCUUCGGGCUGCCCCGGCUGCCGGAGGAGUGGUCGCAGUGGUUAGGCGGCAGCAGCUGGCCAGGCUACGUGCGCCCCCUGCCCCCCGCCGCCAUCGAGAGCCCCGCAGUGGCCGCGCCCGCCUACAGCCGCGCGCUCAGCCGGCAACUCAGCAGCGGAGUCUCGGAGAUCCGGCACACUGCGGACCGCUGGCGCGUGUCCCUGGAUGUCAACCACUUCGCCCCGGACGAGCUGACGGUCAAGACCAAGGAUGGCGUGGUGGAGAUCACCGGCAAGCACGAGGAGCGGCAGGACGAGCAUGGCUACAUCUCCCGGUGCUUCACGCGGAAAUACACGCUGCCCCCCGGUGUGGAUCCCACCCAAGUUUCCUCCUCCCUGUCCCCUGAGGGCACACUGACCGUGGAGGCCCCCAUGCCCAAGCUAGCCACGCAGUCCAACGAGAUCACCAUCCCAGUCACCUUCGAGUCGCGGGCCCAGCUUGGGGGCCCAGAAGCUGCAAAAUCCGAUGAGACUGCCGCCAAGUAAAGCCUUAGCCCGGAUGCCCACCCCUGCUGCCGCCACUGGCUGUGCCUCCCCCGCCACCGGUGUGUUCUUUUGAUACAUUUAUCUUCUGUUUUUCUCAAAUAAAGUUCGAAGCAACCACCUGUCA